UGGCUUUAUUACAGUCAUCACUGCUUAAGAGAUGUGGUAGAAGUCGAGUAGAAUUUUCUUCCACUAACGUAGCAUUAGUAAAAUAUGAUUUAUUUCAAUAGCUUAUUUGGCAUGUAAAUUUAUUAUCUCCAAUAAAUAGUUCUCAAACUAGGAAUUAGGAAUCUCGCGUGAGUCUUAAGCAGCCAAACCGAUUCAAAGAGAGGGAGAGAGAGGGUGCAAAGCCAAAGCCCAACCCCUGCCAACGCCCACCCACACCACCCUCACCUUCGUCAUCUUCAUCUUCAUCAUCAUCGAUCGAUGGAUCCAGACGCAGUAGCGAAGGCGUUCGUGGAGCACUACUACACGACCGUCGACGCGAACCGAGCGAACCUGGCCGACCUAUAUCAGGAAGCGUCGAUGCUGACCUUCGAGGGCCAGAAGGUCCAGGGCUCUACCGACAUCGUUGCCAAGCUCACCUCCCUCCCCUUCCAGCAGUGCCAGCACAGCAUAACCACCGUCGAUUGCCAGCCCUCCGGCCCCGCCGGCGGCAUGCUUGUCUUUGUCAGUGGCAACCUCCAGCUCGCCGGCGACGAACACGCCCUCAAGUUCAGUCAGAUGUUCCAUUUGAUGCCAACCCCGCAGGGCGGCUUUUAUGUGUUGAAUGACAUAUUCCGGUUGAACUAUGAAUGAAGAUUUUAUUUGAGUUGGGACACCGCAGACCGCCUAUUCCAAAAGGAGGUUGGGGGAGACGAAUACAACAUGUUUGGCUUCAAACCCAGUUUGCUUUCUAAUCUCGCUUCGGUUUCAGACUUUUUUUGGUUGGCUAUGUUGCAUCCUGUUCUAUUAUGCCCUUGUUAAAAUCUCUGGCUUGCAUGAUUCAGAGAUUUAUUUGUUCCGUUUCUCGUUUUGGUUAUCGUUUAAUAUAUUUUAUUUUGAUUUUGUUUGUCCUAG